UAUAUCUACUCAUUUUGUUAUCACAAUUUUCACUUUACUUGUGAACUGUGGCACAAAAUUCUGUGACUGUGAUUCCAAUUUUUAAUCAUGUCGAGGAUAUAAUUUAAAUGUUGCUCCUAUCUUGUGCUAUGUGUGAUGUGUGGCGACUUUUAAUAUGCAAUCAACAGCAACUAUCCAGAGUUGAAAAAAUAUCAAUUUUUUAUUACUAAUUAUAAAUAAAAAUCUAUCUAAUAAGUAAUAAUUGAGGUUUCAUACCAUUGUCUUGGAAGAUUCUAAGGUCUUCUAAGACCGUGUUUCAUACCAUUCAUAUAAAUAAAUUCAAAAUGUUUGUCAAACAAGAACAUCCUUUAAAUGUAAACCCAGAAGCAAAACUAAAUAAUGAGAAUAGUAAAAAUGAAGAUUCUGAUGAAACUGAAACUCCCGAUAAUAAACCCGAAGAAACUAAAAUAGUUAAUACUGAAACAGAACCAGUAGUUGAAGAGAGGCCGAUUUUUGUGUGCAAAAACUGCAAUCUAAUAGAACGAUAUGAUUGUUUUAAUGAUCACGUAUCAUUUAAUCGCAAGGUUGGAACAAAAGUGGACUAUUAUUUAGCAAGAGAUCCAUUUUCUCCACGCAGCAAAAGGCAAUUCUUAAUUUUAGGAUCGGUAUGUUCUAUGUGUGACAAAGACGUUUGUAUAAAGCCUGAAUGCAGUAUAUUUUAUUCAAAGUUUUUCUGUUCUUCUUGUGCAAGAAAAUAUAUUUCAAAUUUCCCUUCUAGUGUUCAAGAAAAAAUUAAAACAACAAAAAGAAUUUAGAAAAUUAAACAAUUAUGAAUCAAUUA